UAUCUUAUUUCGUAUAAUUUAUAUAUGGUAAGUCAAACAAUAGUAAAAACAUGGCUCAGCGUCAUGGGGCCUGCGACCAGGAGCCGACAGUUAGAUAUCAAUUCAAACGUGGAGGCACGUGGAGGAAUCUACAAUGCCUGGCGUGCCGUUUCCAAGUUUCGGAUAAAUUUCGUAUUCAGAGUGAAAUGGUUCGACAUCAAGCUUCAAAGCUCUAACUAGACGAACAACACUUUAAGCGGGACGUAGAAGACUCUUAACUGAAACCAAUGCUGGUGUUCGGAGCUAGACGGGAGAACGCCUGAUCAUGAAGAGACAGGAAUCCAUUUGUUAAAACUGGACGCUUUGUUUAGAAUAAUCGCCAGUAUGUUGACGCCAACAUACGAGGAUGAGGUUACUUCAUCCUUUGACUUCUACGUCAAGAUGAUCCAGCGCUAUGCCUACCCAAUCAUGGUCGUCAUUGGCCUGUUCGGGAACACACUCAGUUUCAUAAUCCUCAGCAUGCCCUCUAACCGAAAGAACAUCAUGGGCUUUUAUUUGAGAGUCUUGGCGGUGUGUGAUACUUUCGCCCUCAACUUUUUCCUUGUGCCGCGUUGGGUUUUCAAUGUGUGGCCAGUAUACCUCAAAAACGCAUCCCUUGGGAGUUUCGCGUGUAUUUUACAUUACUAUGUUUCGUUUACUUUCUGUCCGACAUCGAAUUCCUUGAUUCUCCUGAUCGCUCUGGACAGAUUCUUGGUGGUGAGAUUCCCCUUGAAGGCGCCACAGUGGUGUACAAUGAAGAAAGCAAAGAUCCUUGUCGCUAUAGAUCUAAUCGUACACAUCUUGAUAUACAUUCCGAACGUACUGCGUACGGCAAGUAAAGAUGAAAACGGGUACUACGUAAUUUGUGGUAUGCCGCCUGGUGCAUCUUGGUACAUAUUCGGUUUCAAAAUCGUCAACGCACUAGAUGUGGCAAUCCCAAUGGGCUCGCUAUUCUUCAUCAAUGUCGCCAUUAUUCUCACCUUACGGAAGCAUAGUGCAGGCCUGAAGGACAGCACAGGAGGCAAGGGGUCGAAACGUUCAAAACAGGAGCGAUCCUUGACUGUCAUGCUUUUGAUAGUUGCCCUAUCUUUAAUGCUAUUUAUCCUUCCGUACACCCUCGAUUUCAUUGCUUGGGAUAUAUUCUUAACCGGCCGCUUAGCAAGAGAACCAUCCCUAAAACACCUCAGGAGUUUCACGUACGAAAUAGGCUUUGCUCUAUCUCAAUUGAAUAAUUCUUUGAAUUUUUUCAUGUAUCUCGCCAGCAGUCAAAAAUUUAGAAAAGACAUACACCGCCUUUUUAGUGGAAAACUAGGCAGUUUUAUGUCUCUGACCACUUCCUCUACAACUGGACCGAAGUCGACAAACGUACACUCUACGCAAUAAAUCGGCACGUGUUUACCUCUGUCUUGUGCGGGGUGGAAUAUUUAAAAGUGAUUCCACCAAUCAACAAAGUCCGAAGUCGAAGAAAUCGAUGAAUACAAUCUGUUGCGGAUGGAUUUUCAGGUGUACGCAGAUAACUAUUCAGUGUAGCGUUCGGGCACUUCUGUUGGAAUACAUUUGAUUAAAACCACUUCACUAUUAGGUACGAUUGGUAGCAUUGUACAUUUACCUCGUGAGACCUAUUCAUUAAAUCUUUAUAUCCUCAUGAACAAUGACUAAAUCUUAUAUCGAAGUACUCUCAUAACUCACUUGACAUUUCCCUGACCGAUAGACGGUGUUAAUCAGAUUAUCCCUAGAAUCCAGAACGCAGUUGCACGAGGGUGCUUGCAUAGUGUCUUGAGAUUAAACUUUUACACAACAUAUAAUGGUUACUGUUACCUUGCAUUGUGAAAACUGUAUGUAAUUGUCAACAGCCAACGAAGGAAUUUCAUUCAUUUAAUUUUGAUGAAGUGUCAUUAUAUGAGUGACAGCUGGUGUCUCCAAUGGUCACAUGUCCAUCAUGUGAAGCCCAGAGAUGAGAAAUGACGGUUGAUAAAACCCCAUGUAUAUUUGUCGUCACCCUUAUUCGAGAAUGCUUGUUGGAAAAUGUAUUGAGCUACAAGUAUUAUAAAGCCGAGCGAUUGUUCGAAUCGUGGAAUCCGGACUAACGAACCCACACAAUGAGCUCCCCCUAGUCUCGUUUACGUCAGAAUACUCAGCGAGAGAAAGAAGGCAGCAAUAAUUUGGAGGUCAUCACCCCUGACCAAAUGCAGAAAUUCGAAACCAAAGAAAUUCCCCACUUGCUUCGAGGGUCCUUGGGACCGGUAUGAUAUCCACCGGUCGUUUUGUAAGGAUGUCACGGAUCGAACUCCAAGGACCCUCCAAACGACACUAUUAAGUAUCAGUCCAAGAGUAGCUGAUUUAUGU